UUUGGUAUGAUAAAAAGGUCUCUAUCUUGUGGGUUUUAUGUUGUUUUUAUUUGGAAGUUUAAUUUUUCAAGCGUUUCGGAACAUGUUGAUACGUCUUAUAAUCUGUUCACCACUCGUUUAUUGAUUUAUUUAAUGUUGUUUAUUUUUCUUUUCUUAAUCCUAUUUUCUCAGCAGUGUUUGUGUAAGUUUUAUGUUAAGUUUUGUGGUUUUUCUCCUCAUACGUCCAACUUCUUUUACAAAAUUCUUAUUUAUACUGUUAACGUCCGCAUGCAAGGUAUCUGUUGUUUUUUAAAUUUAUGUUAUUCUGGACAAAAUCUUUUUAUAUAUAUACUGUUCUUUUCUUUUCUAUCAUUUUUUCUUUUUAUUAAAAAAGUGUUUUCGAUCGUAAGCGUGUUAUAACCUUUAAGGACUUUAGCUGAUCAGGUUCUAAGGGCACCGACACCAUAGGAUCGAGUGAAACUUUAAAUGUUGAUCAAUAUUCACGGUUGUGUGGAAGCGAACACUCAUUGCAUGAAAACACUCUUCACAUUGUGCGUAAACUUGAUUGGUGUGUUUAAUGCACUUUAAAACUAUUUCUUUUAGUUCUUUAUGCAAAUAAAACUUAAAUGAAAUUGACAGUUAAAAGUUAUUGAUUGAUUGAUUGAAGAACUAAGUUUGAAGUGAAAAACGAAGGUCAUCGAAGAAACAUUAAAGAAGUAUUAUUAAGCCGGUUAAGAGACUUUUCAAAAUUGUUACGUCAACACUAUAGAUUUGAAAUAUAAAAGACACAUUCUUACGACACACUUGGAAACACAUUGGAACAUCAAGGAAAUUUUUGCACAUACCCUAACCGGAAAUUUAGAUACUCUUAUAUCUGGAGUGAAAUAAUACGCUCUCAUCAGAUUUUUGGAAAAGGAAAAAUUACAGGAAUUACACUUGAGGUGGAGGCGGAAGAUUAAUGAAACAUUAGUAUCUUUUAGAGGGAAAAGGCUGGAAGAAGAGCGAUCGUAAAACACCUAUCAUAACCCAUCGUUAUCGUUAAAUUAUUCGUGAAUAGGUGAUUUAGCAUUGAUAAAAAGCUCAUUACAGAUUGUAAAUUAGUAUAUCUGACGAGAAGUCGUUAAGGAACAAUCGCAUUAGUAUAAGAGAGUUGCUAUUGCUUCUUUAAAGAAAGAAUUACUGAGCUGCGAAGAGGAGGAGGAUCACACGAGAAGAAGAAGUGAUUUCAUGUAAUUACUACAAUAAAAUUGGAUUGUUGCUCUUCAAGAACUAAUUAUGAAAUAUAGAAAUAUUACCAGUAAACCUAUUUUAACUAUAUUAUUAUUUAUCUCUAUACAUUAUGUCACAUUGACGAGGACUGAACGAAGGCAAAUGAUGCCGAGGUUGAAAGAAGUUAGUACGGAUCAAUUAGUGAAUAUUUAUGGUAACGAAACGCAGAAAAGCGAGUUAUUGGAAGAAACAAAAAUAAAUUUAAUAAAAGAAUUUGGUUUAAGAAAAAAUAUGUUGACGAUAGGAACAAAUUUAAGAAGAAGGAUGCCGCAUAAAUUUAUGAGAUACCUAGUCGAACAUUUUAAAGAUUUGCGUAGAACGGGAAAAGCAGCUGCAGCUAACACCAUCCGUGGUUGCACAGACUUAGGAAAUCAACGCCGAAAGCUUGUUCCGUUUCGUCACAUAUCAUUCAAAUUUGACGUAUCAGAAAUUCCCAAAGACGAACUGACUAUAUUUACCGAAUUAAAGGUAUUAAUGAAAGUACCAAAAAAUCUGCGACAUAAUUCGUACACACUAACAUUAUACGAUGUUUUGCCAAGAAGAAAAGAUGGUGCUCAUAAAGAGCCAAAACUAUAUCGACUUCGACACAAAGUAAUCAAGAUAGUACCAGGCCAAUCAGAACGUUGGAUAACAAUCGACGCAACUGAAUCUUUUCUGCUCGCAAAAUCACGAAAUAAAAAGCAUGUUAAACUUGUUUUAAAGGCGCAGCCAGAGGGCGGUUUAGCGAUAGAUCCUACACUCAUUGGAUUAAAUAAUAACCAUGCUGAAGAAACGGAUAAAGCUUUAUUAGUUAUAUACGGUGGAGAUUUGUCGGACGCUCCUGCGAGGAGAAGAAGACGAACGAAACGUGGGGUAUCAUCUCCAAAACAGUCUAAAAAGUCUCAAAAGCGACGACAAAAGAACGGUAAAAAAAAGAAAAAGGGGAAAAAUAGAAACAAAAAGAACAGGAAAAAUCGAAAAGCAUGCAGAAGAAAGAAUAUGGAGGUUGAUUUCCAUCAGUUUGGGUGGACUAAUUGGCUAUUUUCACCCACCAAAUACAAUGCGUAUUAUUGUCACGGACAAUGUAUGUAUCCUAUACCAAGUCAUUUAAAACCUACGAACCAUGCUAUAAUACAGUCUAUGAUGCACGAUGUGGAAAGAAAAAUUGCACCACGGCCGUGCUGUGUACCCGACGAGUUCGAAGUUCUUCCUUUCUUACUGUUAGACGGUUCAGACAGGGUUGUAUUUAAAUUAAAAGAAGGGUUGAUUGUUAAAAGUUGUUCGUGCAGGUGAAAUAUUGAAGCAUAGUAGACUAUUUUCAUAGUGAAGGACAGAAUCAAAAUUGAUGUGUGUCACAGCUCUUCAUAUUAUCGCAACAUGGGAAUGUAAAACCGUAAAGGAAAACCGCAAAACAAGCACUUAUAAAAGAUACAGUUGAAUUAUACCGCGGUCUCCUACGAUGGAAAAAAAGAUCACAUUGAAGAGAAACGUCAAACUAUCAAUAACAUCAAGAAAUAAUCUUUGUAAAUCAUGCUCAAAGCAAAAGUUAUGCAUGAAAAAAAGAUAUCGGUUUCACCUGUACAAUUAGAUAAAGUUGACAUACAUUAAUUGAUAAAGUAGAAACGCUAUCACUUUAUGAAGUCGAUACUGUUUCAUGUCAAACGCAAAAUAGAAAACACACACGUUAGAUUAAACAGAAACUCGAUUCUUGUUUAUAAUGGCAUGUAAAAUACGAACACUUCACUCACCGCCACUCUGUUUAUAGAAGCUUUUAUGAAAACCUUUAAUUUAUAAAAAUGUAUUAUUAAAAAAUCUAUGUAUCUACCAUUUAUAUAUAUUUUGCUUUUCGUAACAGAUAUUAAAAUAUAUUAUAGAAGAAGACAAAAUAAUGCAUUAAUGUUUUGC